AUGCAACAAAUGGUCCGUCAAGAAUAUUAUAUACUGCGACUAAAGUCACAAAUCAAAAGGACGAUUUUCAUGUGUAAACCAUGUACCAUGUACAAACACAAAAUGCGUACGCAGAUGAUGGCAGCUUUACCACCUGAACGCUGCAACUAUGCUCUACCCUUUACCAUCACUGGGGUUGAUUUUGCUGGACCUUUCCAGAUAAAGGCCUCCAUGUUAAGGUCUUCUUCAUUUAGGAAAGGAUAUGUGGCUGCCUUUGUAUGUUUUGCGACAAAGGAAGUACACCUCGAGCUUUGUUCAGAUCUGACUACUGCGGCUUUUCUUGCAGCAUUUGCACGCUUUGCCGGACGACGCGGAUUUCCUUCAAAAAUAAUGAGCGACAAUGGGAAAAACUUUAUCGGAGCUCAAAGAGCCACCGAGAAAGAAUUCAUAAACUUCAUGAAACAAGUAUCCCCCGAAAUUGUUAAAAAAUAUGCACCCCAAGGGAUUGAUUGGCAGUUUAUACCUCCAUGUUCUCCACAUAUGGGCGGACUUUGGAAAUCAGCAGUAAAAAUCUUUAAGUCCCAUUUAAAGAAAACGGCUGGUAAUCAUAAAUUCAAUAAUGAGGACUUUACUAUACUACUCACUCGUAUCGAAGCCGUAUUAAAUUCAAGACCUAUAUCACCCCUCUCGCAAGAUUCCUCCGAUUUCACAGCUCUUACACCUGGUCACUUCCUCAGAGGAGCUCCUCUUCUCGCCAUACCUGAGACAGAAGGAGACUCACUCAGUUUAAUAAAUCGAUGGGAAAGAAUCAAGAUUCUCUAUCUUGAAUUCAGCCACAGAAGGAAGGAGGACUAUCUUAAAGAUCUCCAUAAGAGAUAUCGACGGAAAACGAUCCAGAAGGAACCCAGCACAGGCGAAUGCGUCAUUAUACAGGACGAAUGCCUUCCCCCAACUGAAUGGCGACUAGGCCGCAUUGAAAAGGUACAUCGGGGACGAGAUGGUCAUAUAAGAGUAGUAGAUGUGCGAACACAAACUGGGCUACUAACUCGACCACUAGUAAAAUUGUGUUUUCUUCCAAAUACCGAAAACCCAAUCACCGAAAACAAGCGACCUCAAACGCAUACUUAA